UCCUACUUUUGGCCAAGCAAAGAUAGAAGAGCGACCUACUGAAAUUUGAAAAAGAAAAUGCUUCCUCACUGAUUUUUCUUCUCGGAAACGCAGGCGUGAAAACUCAAACUAACCUACAUCGAUGGCCCAAAAGAGAGAAACAAACGAUCCUAUAUCUACUUCCCCACAUAAGUUCAACACAUCACACCCAUCUUGAGCAAUCCUCUCUCUCUCUCUCUCUCUCUCUCUCUACACCGCCUUCUUGUACACAUCAGAUGGAGGAGGCAGUGGUGCUAUAUCCGUCGCCGGCCAUCGGCCACCUCAUCUCCAUGGUGGAGCUGGGCAAGCUCCUCCUCUCUCACCGCCCUUCCCUCUCCAUCCACGUCCUCAUCACCAGCCAGGCCUACAACGCCGGCUCCACCACCUCCUACAUCGCCUCCGUCUCCGCCGCCUGCCCCUCCAUCGCCUUCCACCACCUCCCCGCCACCUCCCUCCCACCGGACUUCUCCACCACCUCCCCCCACCACGAGACCCUCGCCCUCGAGCUCCUCCGCCUCAACAACCCAAACGUCCACAGCGCCCUCACCUCCAUCUCCAAGAACCACGUCGUCCAUGCCCUCGUCAUCGACUUCUUCUGCGCUUCGGCUCUGAGCGUCGCGCAUGAGCUCAGCAUCCCUUGUUACUACUACUUCACCUCUGCUGCGAGCGUCUUGACCGUGUUCUUGUAUUUCCCAACUCUUCACAAGCUCUACACAAAGAGCUACAAGGACCUCAACGCCGUUCUUCAUGUCCCGGGGACGCCGCCCUUGCCGUCCUCCGAUAUCGCGAAGCCGGUGCAAGACCGCGACGACAGGGCAUACGAGCUCUUCCUCGAGAGCGCCACGAACAUGGCCACGUCUGCCGGGAUCAUAAUCAACACGUUCGAGAAGCUCGAGCCCAGGGCAGUUCAAGCGAUCAAGGACGGCAAGUGCGUGCCCGACGGCCCCACGCCUCCGCUGUACUGCGUCGGGCCGCUGAUCACACGCGGAGAGGGAAAGAGAGAGGGCGGCAGAAACGGCAUGUCGGAUUGUCUGACGUGGCUGGACUCGCAGCCGAAAGGAAGCAUCGUGUUUCUAUGUUUCGGAAGCUUGGGCGUUUUCUCGGUUGAACAAUUGAUGGAAAUAGCGACAGGGUUGGAGAAGAGUGGCCAACGGUUCUUGUGGGUGGUCCGCAGCCCGCCACAAGACACAGACCGGAAGACCGCGACGUCAGCUAUGCCCGACCCAGACCUGGGCUCGCUUCUCCCAGAGGGCUUCUUGGAGCAGACAGGGAAGAGGGGCCUGGUGAUGAAGACGUGGGCGCCGCAGGUGGCGGUGCUGAACCACAGCUCAGUGGGUGGGUUCGUGACUCACUGCGGGUGGAACUCGGUGCUCGAGGCGGUGUGCGCCGGCGUGCCGAUGGUGGCAUGGCCACUCUACGCGGAGCAGCGGCAGAACAAGGGGCUGAUGGUGGAGGAAAUCAAGAUAGCCCUGCCGGUCAACGAGUCGGAGAGCGGGUUGGUGAGUUCGGAGGAGGUGGAGAAGCGAGUCAGAGAGUUGAUGGAGUCGGAGGAGGGCGAGAUCAUGAGGGAGCGAGUGAAGUCUUUGAAGGAGGAAGCGAAGGCCGCUCUGAGCCCGGGCGGGUCAUCUAGUGUUGAAUUGCGUAAUCUCGUUGAGUCGUGGAAGCGGUAGUGAGUUGGUGGAAUCUAGUAACAUCCAGCAUUUGCGUCCAUAAGGAUCGCUAUGACGAGGCCUACAAGGGCUUCUUGGAUUCGUCCCUGAAAAUGCAGAGAAGCUGGAGCCAAGAGCGAUACGAGCCAUCAUGGACGGCCAAGUGUGUGCCUGGCGGAUCCACUCCUCCGCUUUACUG